UGGGACACGUGACGGUCCCAGGCCGUUUAGCCUGGUAGAACAGAGGUGAGGCUUCCUGACCCGCAGGUCAGUCUUCUGUUCCUAACAGUCUUCUGGCAGUGUGUGAGACAUGGAGAAGAGCCUGCUUUAUAAGAUCUUGGGACUGGGACUGGGAGGACUCCUGUUCUUGGUCACGGUCAUUCUGUCCAUCUCUCUGUGUCGGCUCCAUCGGAGAGUGAGAAGGCUGGAGAGGAACUGGGCCCAGCUCUCCUCGGAGCAGGAGCUCCACUACGCAUCUCUGCAGAGGCUGCCCAGCAGUGAAAGGCAAGGCUCCAAGGAGGACGCAAGUGCCGCCGCCGACUAUGCUUGCGUUGCCAAUAACAAACCCACCUGACCACCCUGAAUCGCCUCCCUCAGCCCAGCUGUCCCAGUUCCUGUUUUGAAAACCAGAUCCAGAUCCAGUACCUCUGCCCUGCACGAUACACUCCAGCUUCACUGACUCUGGGUCCCAGAUGUGUGGCUCAGCCUGUGGUCAUGCAGGAAGCGGCAAGAGGCCAGAGGAGCCAAGCGGCCCCGGAACUCUGAUGUCCCAUUCUGUACCUCCUUCCCUGGGACCACCUUGUCCUGCUACCACGUGACAGAACCACAGCCACCUUGGCUGGCACUGAAGGCAGGGCCGGAAGGAAGUGGCACCCUCCUGGGUACGAACCUCAGGGGCUGGGACACCCAGAAAACACAGGACCCUGGAAGCAGAGAGAAGUCCCAGAGAAACACCCCCAAAGAGAAAGGCAAGGGAGCUUGCAGGAGAAUAUCCCAGUUGUCCCUCCACCCUCACAGGACCCAGAGGAACAAGCACUUUGGAUCCUUCAUUAAACCUCAUUAAACCCCUUUUCUU